UUAAAUUCCUGGAAAUCAAACUUCGGGAUGGUUUCCAGCCAGAUAUUUGUUAUUAUUGGAUUAACGCGCCGCAGCAGCCGCCGCCGCCGCCGCCAGCCCGCUGCAGCUUUAUCCUGAGAGGCCGGAGAUUUGUGUCGCUGUUCAGGGAGGAGUCUGCCUCCCGUUUCUCCGUUAGCUGAAGCCCGGCCAGCAUGUCAGCGUUCUAACAACACACCCAUCUGAAAACGCUGCGAGGGGGGACUCAGAUGUGCUCUUGAGAGGAUGGAUGUGGAGGCGAGUGCUGGCAGGGACAGCACCCGGAGGAGAGCAGCAGCAGCGGCAGCAGAUGAGGAUGAUGAUGGAGGAAGAGCUGGAGCUGGAGCUGGAGGUGGCCUGGAGGCUCAGGUUGUACCUCUGGAGUUGUACGACUCCGCAAGAGCCAAAAUAGAUGCAAAUCUCCGCUGGUUGUUUGCCAAAGCCUAUGGUAUAGAUCACAUCCCUCCAGACCUGCGAGACCCGUUCUACACGGACCAGUAUGAGCAGGAGCACAUCAAGCCGCCCGUCCUGCGCCUGCUGCUGUCCGCGGAGCUGUACUGCCGGGUGUGCGGCCUCAUCCUGCACGGCGAGCAGGCCGCCUCGCUGCAGAGCCACCAGGCCGUCAUCCAGGCCCUGUCCAGGAGAGGCGUCUACGUCCUGGAGACCGACAGCACGCCCGUGUCCCACCUGGACCUCUGCUCCGCUCCCAUCAAAAUGAGCGCCCACAUCCACCUGAUCGACGCCCUGAUGACGGCCUACAUGGUGGAGAUGAUCAGCAUCGAGAAGGUGGUGUCCAGCGUGAAGAGAUUCUCCAACUUCAGUGCCUCCAAGGAGCUUCCCUUCGACCUGGAAGACGCCAUGCUCUUCUGGAUUAACAAGGUGAACAUGAAAAUGAGGGAGAUCACAGAGAAAGAGUGUAAAAUGAAGCAGCAUCUGCUGGAUUCCCCGAGCCAUCAGAAGCCUGACAUCCUGCAUGCUCUGGCUCAUUGCUUGUUGGAGCCUGUGGAGUUCUCUCGUGUGGUGCGCUACCGCAGAGAUCACCUGUCGGGUCGCACGCUCCAGCACUUCCCGCUGCUGGACGACCUGCUGAAGGACGUGUCCGACGGCGCCGCCCUGCUGGCGCUCGUCCACUUCUACUGCCCGGAGCUCAUCAGGCUGGAAGAUAUCUGUCUGAAGGAGAUUCCCUCCAUAGCAGACAGUCUGUACAACAUUCAGCUGCUGAAGGAGUUUUCAAACGAGUACCUGAACAGAUGUUUCUACCUGAAGCCUGAAGACCUGCUGUAUUCUCCACCGGUGCUGAAAAGCAAUGUGAUGGUCUUCAUCGCUGAGCUGUUCUGGUGGUUUGAGAGUGUGAAGCCGGACUUUGUUCAACCAAGAGACCUUCAGGACGUGAAGGAUGUGAGACUGCUGCUGCAGCCCAAGACGUCUCGAUCCUUUGCGCCCGUCUCAAACGUCACCAAGCGAAGCUUCCUGACGACGUCGAGCUCUGCUGACGUGUUGACGACGCCGAAGAGCCCCGAGCCCAGUGCUAAAUCAGUUUCAUCAGUCCCAUCUCACUCUUUGCUGCCCCUGAGACAAAGACAGCAGCCGGCGGCUGACGACGGCAGUUCAGAGGGCAGGAACCGGGCCAACGAGCCGUACCGAGGUUCCCUCCUGGCCUGGCCGGAGAGGAGGCCCAGGCCCGUCUCCCAGCCCGUGCCCUACGCCCUGCAUUUCGCUCUGGAGGACGACGCAGACAGCGUCAGCCUCGCUCGCUCCAUCAGCAAAGACAGCCUGGCUUCCAACAUCCUGAGCAUCACGCCGAAGCACGCGCACCGGCUCAGCGGUCAGAGCCUGCUCAGCCACAUCCGCAUCGAGGACGAGGAGGAGGAGGUCGAGGAGGAGGAGCUGGUCGCCGUCGUGCACCCGUCGGUCUUCUCCCGGCGGCGAGCGGGAAGCGACAUGGAGCAGGACGAGCUGGAGACGCCGAACGCGCCGCCCACCCCCAGGGUCCCUUCCUGUCUCGACACGGCGCCCUUCGCCCUGGACUGCCAGCCUGACGGCUACUACCUGGAGCCGUUGAUGCCCGCCGUCUCGAAGCCGGCGAAGGAGAAGAGCAUCAGCCUGAACAAGCAGGAGGAGAGUGGAGAAGGCCGCUGUCGAGCCAGGAGAGGAGCCGCCGGCGUCCCGCAGAGGAAAUCCCCCGUGGUGGAAGCGGCGUCGGCUGCUCUGAGGCCGAGCGCGGACGGAUCGACGGGCGCGACGCCGGCUCAAGGCUUCUUCCUCCAUUUGUCCGAAGAGCCGGAUUUCGACAGUCCGUUCUCGUCCGUGCUGGAGCCGGGGCCCGACUCCGACUCCGACAUCGCAGACCUGGAGGACGAGGACUUUCCCGAGUACGCACAGGCGGAGGGAGAGUCGGACAAGCUGAGAGACGACCUGAAGGUGAGCGAGCGGGGGGACAAGGAGGACGGCAGCGGCCGCUCCAGCCCGUGCCCCAGCACCGUGUCGUGGGCGAGCAGCUGCAGCGCCUCGGGCAGCAACAGCAUCAAGAUGACCAGCUUCGCCGAGAGGAAGCUCCUCAAACUGGGCCUGCGCGAAGGAUACUCCAGCACCAGCAGCUCCCAGAAGACCACUCCGGACGGCCCGGAGGCCGCGCCCUGCCCGCCCUGGCAGCUGAAGAGCGACCCGACCCCGGGCUGGCUGGGGAAGGAGCCCGGCGCCGCGCUGGGGAAGAGUCUGGCGGUCAGUCCGUCCGCCGUGCCUUCGGAGCUGCUGCAGCUCCACAUGCGGCUGGAGGAGCAGCGGCGCGCCAUCGAGUACCAGAAGAAGAAGAUGGAGACACUGUCGGCCCGGCAGAGGCUGAAGCUGGGGAAAGCUGCGUUCCUCAACAUCGUCAAGAAGGGCGGAGGGAGGAGCGACACGCUUCCGUUACCGCUGAGACACUCCCACGAGUCCAAAGAGCUCACAGCCGCCGACCGCAGCAAAGCGAGGAGCCCGUCCAGCAGGGACGACUCCUGCCUGGACGCCCUGAAGCUGCAGGCCCGAGCAGAGGAGGGACAGAUCGGCAGGGACAACAAGCUGAGCCACCUGUCCCCGGACGGCGCGGCCGAGCCCGACCUGAACGAGUGCUCGCGCUCCAUCGACCUGCUGAACGAGGCCAUCGGCGCCAUCCAGCAGCAGAUGCUGCAGCUGUCGUUCCAGCAGGACCUCCUGAUGAAGCACAACGCCGCCUCGCCCUCCGACCCCGCUCAGUCCGCCCCAAGCACAACCCCGAGCACAACGGACUCCUCGUCCUCUACCUCAGACUCCAGGCCUUACGCCGUGCACUUCGUGGACAUCGGCGGCGGCGGCGGUGGUUCCGUCCCGGCCCGCCGGCCCCCCAGGCUCACCUCCAGCCAGCGCAGCAGGACGUCGGAACGGAAGCAGAGCAAGUCGAAAACGGAGCGCACGCCUUCUCCGAAGGGAGACCGGGAGGCGGGAAGCGCCGCCGAGAGCGCCAAGACGGAGAGGAGCAUUCUGAGGAAGUCCACCUUCAAAGUUCACGACGCCGAGCGCGUCGCGGACAAGCCGCAGCCUCAGCUUCCCCCCGCUUCGCCGCCGCAGAACGACGGGCGAGAGGAAAACACGGCUACGAACUCAGGGAGUGACGCCGUCACCGGUGACGAGGGUCCCAGGGUCAAAGGUCAGCUGAUAGAGGUGGACCUUUCAGAGGUGAAGGAUGCACCGGAGGACGGCGGCGCCGACGGUACCGAGAGCACAGCAGAGGGCGAGCAGAAGAACGUGCUGGGCUUCUUCUUCAAGGACGAUGAGAAAGCAGAGGAUGAGAUGGCGAAGCGUCGCGCCGCUUUUCUCCUCAAACAGCAGCGCAAAGCUGAAGAGGCGAGGCUGCGGAAGCUACAGCAGGAAGCCGAGAGCGAGCUGAAGCGUGACGAGGCCCGGCGCAAGGCAGAAGAGGACCGCAUUCGGAAGGAGGAGGAGAAGGCGCGCCGGGAGCUGAUCAAGCAGGAGUAUCUGCGGCGGAAGCAGCAGGCCCUGAUGGAGGAGCAGGGCUUGGUCAAGCCCCGCCCACGCCCCAAAUCCCGGAGGAACAGACCCAAGUCGCUGCACCGCGAGGAGUCCGGCAGCCUCUCCAAAGGAUCCGCCACCCCGGAUCUGAGCUGCAGCCAUCGAGGGUCGACGCUGUCUCUGGCCACGGAGGUGGACAGCGUCCUGUCCGGGGAGGCGGAGUCACACAGGGCGGAGUCAGUCUGCUCCGUGGAGUCGUUCCCCCUGCUGAGCAGGGCGUCCAGCAGGAACAUGGAGCGGGACUGGGAGAACGGCUCCAUCGCUUCGUCCAUCACGUCCAUCGAGUACAACGGUCCGAAACUCUUCAAGGAGCCGAGCUCCAAGUCCAACAAGCCAAUCAUCGUCAACGCCAUCGCUCACUGCUGCCUGGCUGGGAAGGUGAACGAGGUCCAGAAGAACGUCAUCCUGGAGGAGCUGGAGAAGUGCGAGUCCAAUCACCUGAUCAUCCUCUUCCGGGACGGCGGCUGCCAGUUCCGCGCCGUCUACUCCUACUCGCCGGACACCGAGGAGAUCGUGAAGUUCACGGGCACGGGGCCGCGCGCCAUCGGCCGCAAGAUGAUCGACAAGCUGUACAAGUACAGCUCCGACCGCAAGCAGUUCACCGUCAUCCCCGCCAAGUCGGUGUCGGUCAGCGUGGACGCCCUGACCAUCCACAACCACCUCUGGCAGGUCAAGCGGCCCGGCAGCGCCCGGCGGAAGUGAAGCG